UCUUAUUGCUGUUGUUGUUACGAUGCACAAUAUUAUUUAUAUCAUCAUGGAUACACUUUACCUCACCAUAGUAUUUAUAUCAUGGUCACUAUUCAUUGCAAUAUUUUUAUUUCAUUUUAUUUGCAGCAUUAUUUAUGUCAUGGCCUCUUACUCUUGCAAUAUUACUCAUAUUACGUUGCACUUUGCAUUACAGUACUUUUUAUAUCAUGCCACUUUGUCAUCCUCAGUACUAGUUUUUGCACACUGUCUGUUUGCAGGUUGAUUGUUUACUGUGUUUAUUGUGUCUGCUGCUGUAACAAGUGUUAAAAACGUGACAGUAAAAGUAUAUCUUCUUCUCAACAAGUACAUUUCCUCGCUGUGGGAUGAAUGGAAGUUUAUCCAAUAGUUGUACAAGGGGGUCUUGAACGCAGCCUCAGUCCGGUUCCUGCCGGGGGGGGGAUCCACUCCGGUUCUCGCAGGAUCCCGGACUCCAUGUUGUUCCGUCAGCCACGGAGCGAACAAGUGCUGCGUCCGAAAACUCUCACGUUGCAACCGUGUGUGUGUGUGUGUGUGUGUGCGCGCGUGUGAGUGUGUGCGAGAGAGAGAAGUGAAGAGUGUGUGUGCGUGUUGAGUGUUGACCCUCCGAAAGAAGAUGGCAGACUACCGGGAAGACACCGGAGCUCGAGCCCUGCUUGCCCUCCAGUCGGCGCCGUGCAGCCCCGUGCGAGUCGCGGUGACCUCGCACAUCUACCACCAGCCCUCGCUCGCCCUGCUGGGUCCCCCGCUGAUGGAGGCCCGCGGGGACGGCGGGCUCCUGCCCGUGCGCCUCGCCGCCCCGCCGGCGCAGGCCCUCGCCAGGCUGGAGGGCCGGGACUUUGAGUUCGUCAUGCGCCUGAGGACGGUCACCAUAGGCCGGAACUCGUCCCACGGCUCCGUGGACAUCAACAUGGGCCACUCGAGCUUCAUCUCGCGGAGGCACCUGCAGAUCACCCACGACGAGGCGGGCGGCGGCUUCUCCCUGCGCUGCCUGGGCAAAAACGGCGUGUUCGUUGACGGGGUGUUCCAGCGGAGAGGGGCGCCGCCGCUGCCGCUGCCCAGAGAGUGUGUGUUUCGUUUUCCCAGUACAAUCAUCAAAAUCCAGUUUAUGUCACUCCUGGAGGCCGAGGAGCACCGAGAGAAAGAGCACCCCUCUCCUCCCCCCCGGCCGCUUCUGCCCCACAUUUCACCGCUGAAAAUCACCAUUCCUACAUUGCAGCAGCAUGAAGACCACAUCAGGGCGUUUGGCUCUCCGCAGCCGUCGCCCACAGGCACCAUCAGUGUUCCUACCUCCUGUCCAGCCAGUCCACGUGGAGCAGGGUCAUCAGGGUAUCGCUAUGGACGCAACGUGACCUCUGACCUCCAGUUAGCAGCUGAAUAUGCUGCCAAGGCCGUCUCUGAGCAGAGACGAAGCGUUGUCGAGCAGAGAGGUGGGGGAAGUGAGCAGCGGGGGGAAUCGGCAGGUGGAGACAGCCCCAAGGAUGAGUCCAAACCACCGUAUUCCUACGCACAGCUCAUCGUCCAGGCGAUCUCCUCAGCACCAGACAAACAGUUGACUCUUAGUGGCAUUUACGCCCACAUCACUAAACACUACCCCUACUAUCGCACUGCAGACAAGGGCUGGCAGAACUCAAUCAGACACAACCUGUCCCUCAACCGCUACUUCCUGAAAGUGGCACGCUCUCAGGAUGAGCCUGGGAAGGGCAGUUUUUGGCGCGUGGAUUCUGCCUCCGAGAGCAAGUUGGUGGAGCAAGCCUUCAGGAAAAGACGGCAAAGGGGCGUGGCUUGCUUUAGGACGCCAUUUGGACCUCUCUCUUCCAGGAGUGCCCCUGCCUCCCCGACGCACCAGGGGCUCCUCUCUCCUCCAUCCAGUGGACUCCAGACUCCUGAGUGUCUGAGCAGGGAGGGCUCUCCUAUCCCCCACGACCACCACGAACAGCUGGCUAACAAACUGGCAUCUGUACCUGAGUACAGGUACUCCCAGAGCGCUCCAGGAUCUCCAGUCAGUGCUCAGCCUGUCAUCAUGGCAGCACCCCCCCACCCGACAGGACAGGGAAAGGCCCUCGCUCUGGUUCCAGGUGGCAGCGGUCAAGUCCAGUCCAUCCACUUGCUCCAGAGCGUCCCUCAGACGUCUCUCACCAUGAUGCGGUUGGUCACCAGUGCACAUCCACUUUCCAACCCUCCGAAUGGUUACAGUGCCCCCUCUGGUGGAGGAGCAGAGGGUGAGCUCCGAGAAGUGCAACUGAGCAGAGAGCGGGUGAUCCAGACCGUGGACAGUGCUGUGCAGGGCGGAGAUGGACGGAACCUGGCUCCGGGUCUACAUCAACUUCCUGUUCGUCCUGUUACUCAGAAUGGCAAACACACCACUGCUGCUGUAGCCACAGCAACCAGCCUUGCUAAUGCAUCUGGGCUCAGUAGUCCUCUCCAGAUCUUGGCUGCUCAGGCCUCCAGCUCCCCCCCGGUGCUCCUGAGCCGACAGCCCAGUGCAGAAACUUUAGCCGAGCUGUCGGGCGCCCCCCAGGCCAAGCGGCCGAAGAUGGAGGACGACGGCGGGACCGAAUCUUCGCAGCAUCAAGUCACGUCUGCCCAGCAGCCCGUCAUCGUUGCCAUGACGUCACAAACCCACGACCCUAGGAAGUAAAACGCAGGCCUUCUUACCAGGUACCCAGUGGACAGCCUCUCCUAACGUUUCACCUUUUAUACUACAUAUGAUAUGACUGCAGCCGACACGGCCAAAAAAUGUACACGCAGCCUCUCUCCACAGAAGGGAAUUCAAUUGUAAGGAACAUACGCUGUUCGACAGUAGAUGAAAAGUUUCACAUACAUUCUGAAUUUAAAAGUCAGCGGAUAUUUCAGGGCUUUUUUCAGCUUUACACUCUUUUAUAAUGUAAUCCACCACUCACAAACAAGUAAGGACUUUAAUCUUAUGAGAGCAUUAUGCAUAGUUAAAAUCAUUUUAGCACUACUUCUACUUAUGUGAAUGUUGGAGACUUUCUCAGAUACGACCUUUAUCCUUGUUGGUGGAUCAGAUCCAUCGGUGAUUAUCACUCUCAGGCCAAAGAACUCAGCUGUCCUGAACGUCUGCGUCAACACAGAAUGUGUUCAGAGAUUUCCACGGCCUGUAUUUUACAGAAGAAACUGUGACGAUUGGAGUUGACAUAUCGCGUAGCUUAACGCAGACCUGGAUAGAAAGAUAACGGCAGACCGGGUCGAUCGGGGCUACGGAGGCUGUAAAGAACAUAAUCGUGCUCUUCAAAAGGUGAGACAGAAGAAACCCGACAGGUCGUCUCUUGUCAGAAAAGAGAAAUGUUAACGUUAAAGCCAAGACCAGAACAUGAGGCGUCUUUUCCCUUUCGUCUUCUCUGUAAAGCACAAAAAGAAAGAGAGAAAGAGUGGUGUCGGUUUUU